CACAGCCAGCCUCCCAUAUACCCACAGCCCUCGAGUAGCACGAUAUCCCUGCGUGACAAGUAACCCCGAGUCUGACGCUUGUAUCGCCACUCGACAUCGACCGGUCCCUGGCCACCCCGGCAAGAACUUUUAAACUCCGCCGGUAUGUCGUCUACCACUUCUUCCCCAACCUCAACCGCCACCUCCGUCUCUGCUUCCACGACAGCAGCAACCAAUGACGUCUCCUCAUCCAGCUCAUUUUACAAGAACCUAUUCUACAUCUUGAUAGGCCUCUUGGUCAUUUUCGCCCUGGUUUCCUUUUUGUCGCUGCUCAAAGCAAGGCGAAGACGGCGGGCCAUCAUCGAAGAGGCGGAACGUCUAGGUGUCAUGGUCCCAGGCAUACCAGGCUACGUUCCCUUGCGCGACCGCCACGGCUAUCAAUGGCUCCGAUCCAACGGCAAACAAUCACCCGAAUGGUGGGACAUUUCUGGAGACCCAGACAAGCUGGAUGAAGGGACCGUGAGCAAGGCAGGGAGCAGGAUGGGGAGUUCGCAUCCGAGUAUGGCUAGUUUGCAAGUGCCGGGGGAGGGGGCGAGGUCGAGGCAUCGAGCGAGUGGAGGGAGAUUGAAUGAUCCGUCAGAUUUCGUAUGUCCCCUCGCUACUUUUUCCGGAUGGAAAGCUGAGACCAGGCAGACACCCGUUGCUCUGGUCCCGCCGCCGCCGCCUUCAGAACCCCUCGGGCCCGUACCACAAUCAUCCGUACCCCAUUUCCCAAAUCACCUCGCCUACCGCCCUUCCUCCAUCCUCCCGCCCAAAGCGAGGUUUGACAAUAUCACACCGGGAGAAUUGGGCAAGCUGGAAGGACUGGUGGGAGAAGGGGUCGAAGUCGUAGGGAUUGUGAGAAUGCCGGUUCCGCCUUGGGUCUGUCAACGCAGGGGCUCGGACGAUGAAGAGGAUGGUCAGGAGAUAUUGAGAGAGUGGGGAGGGGUCGAGCUGGGGGUUGCAAGGAUGCAAGUGAAGCGUUGACUUGUACUUUGGCUUUUUGGGUCUUUUGGUUCUUCUUUAUAUCUAUAGUUAUCAUCAUAGGAUGUAGUAAUCUGAGUACAUGUA